CGAUUCUUGACUGGCGCGCGCUGAUUUCUUCUUCUGCUCCAUAAUAGCAGCACUUUGCGCGAGUUUGUUUUGUUUUUUAUCGACGAUACAUUUCUUCGGUCGACAAGUGUUUUAUUUAUGGUGAUUUUUUUCAAGUGGUGGUGAUUCUUUUUGUUUACUUGUUACUUGAUAUUGCAUUACACGUCGUAAAUAUCAUAACAAAAAAAAACAAUGAUGUGAAAAACAUCAUAAUACAAUGAAUAAAGUGUAAUAAACAAUACCGACAAAGUUAGCAACAUCUUCAUCAUUUAAAUUAUAAUUAAUUAUAAUAGACUAAAUAAAAAAAUGUCUAAAAUCGCAGAAACCCAGCAAAAAAACACGUCAAUUUCUGACAACUUGGACGCAAUCACGUCUGAAAGCGACACGCAUACGAAAAGUAUGGAUAACAACUUGACGAUAUCCACCAAACUAUCCACGGAUCAACUCAUCUGCAAAACGCCGCAACUGUCUCCCAGUAUUUCUGUAAAGUCCUUAAAGGACGAAACUACGAAGAAGAAAACGGUUCGUAUCAAUGGGUUCUUGUAUCUGGGAAUUUUGCAAGUUUUGUUCGGCAUCUUGAUGAUGGUUUUUGGUGUGCUGGUCAUAUUGCACAGGGCCAGUUUGUCACAGUAUGGGGGUGGUUUUUGGGGAGGUGGUCUGGCAGUAGCAACAGGAAUUUCAGGAAUUCUUUCGGCAGCCAAAACUUUCUGUCCACUGAAAUCAACCGCUCAAACUGUAGCUCAUACAGUCUAUUUAGCUUUGAGCCUCAUAAGCUUAGCAGUUUCUCAGCUUGUUGUGGUAAUAGCUGCAACCGGAUUGGCUAGGGAUGUCAACAUUGUCGACCCAGACGAUAAGCCCCCAACAAUCCACUCCAUAACAGACGACAUCUCCAUCGAACUUCCAUCAAAUUACCACAGCAUUUUAGCCAACGUGGGACUUCUGAUCGUGGCAGCUGUGGAAUGCGCAUGCGCAGCGAUUGCAGCGUAUAAAAGUGCGCGGGAUGUUUGCCCGUGUUUCAGAAAAAACAACGAUGAGAGUUUCAGGGAGCUCAACCUGCAAAACAGCCACGCUAUAGUCUCUUCCUGGCUUGGAAAACAUGCUGGCGACAGUCCCGCUCCUCAGUUUUAUGUUGUGGCUGCGGCCCCGCCACAUUCCACUUUAGGAAAAGUUAGCAAGAUGUCCGGACAAUUUACUCCAGUUUUUGCUAUCCCGCCUAUGAUGCAACCACAAAUGGUGAGGUACCCCUUGAUACCGGCGCCUUUGGGACAAAUACCAUCACCCAUAAUACCACCACCAGGGUACCUACAGUACAAAGUUCAACGCAAUUACAAGAAGAAGCCGCGUCCAAGACAGCGCGAAGGGACCCCCAAACGCUCCAGAUCCAAGUCCAGGUCGAAAUCCAGAGAACGCCAGAUAACGGAGUUGGACGUGGCUAGGACUUACACUGGACUUGACAGGACUAUUGCGGAAGAAUUCAUCGAUAUUUUGGACUCGAAAAACGUCAGCACUUGUAGCGAUUAUAGCUGCACCAGCAGCAGUGGUAGCAGCCAUCAAAGUCCCAUUAAUGAUUGUAACACUAAUAGUGAUGCCGCGUCCAAUGAUUUUUUGGUCAAUAAUAAGGUUUAAGAAAAAUAUUAAAAUUUAUUAAAUAAUUCUUUAAAAUAAAAAAUAUUAGGUAUUACUAAAAAAGUUGUAAAUAAUGUAUAAAGAGACUGUUUCUAACUAACGUUAAGUAUAGGGUGCACCAAUACAAUUUAACAUGGUUAGAUAGAAAAAAAUCAUGAUAAUGUUACCCUAUAUACAGGUUGUUCCAAAAGUCGCAGGAAUGUCACCUUCAUUAUUGAAGAAGAUACAGACUGCAGUCUACAUGUAGAUUAUACACUUUCAAGGUUUUGCGCGAUUUGGAACGUCCUGUAUUUAUGAAAUGUUGAAAAAAAUUAGUACUUAUUUUAUGUAUUUGGUACUAGCUAACAUAGUUUAUAAAAUUGUGACUUAUAUAUGUGUAUAUAAAUAUUAUGAAAUAA